ACACGUGUACGAAAUAUCUUGUUCCAAAACUGGGCAGAUUUUAUUCAACCGAAUCUAUUACGAAACCUUCGCCUCUGUGAAGCGAGAGGGCACUGAAAGCAACAAACUGCUGACAUCAUCGGGCGAGGGAGAAUGCAGGUUGCAAAGCAGACGACAAUGCUGGGUGACGUCACGGUAUAGUGUGGGGCUCUGUUUUCUGCUCUUCUCAUUUCGGUUUCGGUUUGCUAUUAUCAGCAUUUAGGAAUUAAUUACUCGCGUAAAAUGAAUGCGCAUGUUGUAUUCGAUACCGAAAGGGUGGUUCGUGUUCGAUAUGAUGCUCACCUAUUCUUUUUUUCGGAUUCUUGCGCAACCUCCCUUUAACACACACACGCAAAACAUGAAUAUUCAAAGACUUUGGAAUGUGUAUGUCGUUGCCUGUGUUCGUAGCGGCAGCAAACUCUUGCUUCCUCUAUACUUCCACGAGGGAAUAACAAUUUCCUUUCCGUUCCAUUCCAUUCCUACGCGGCUGAUGACGCAGAUGAUUAUUUAAAAAAAAGUGCAUAACAUUGCAGAUGAUAAUCUUAAAAAGCAAUCUUCUUGUGCGCCUGGGAGCAAUUCAGGCGAACGCUUUCCCUGCUUUCAUUCCAUUUUUUUCCCCUCAGAGCCAUUUCCAAGUUAGAAACACUGGUUCCCCUCACGCACACACACAGACACACAUACAUUGGAUGAUGACGAGGUGGGCGAUUCAGCGCCUCUCGCGCAGAAUUCCAGUUGAGUCUGUCUUACGGAGCUUACAAUGGCUGGCGUUCGUUGCACUGAAACGCAACUAAAGUAUAAGCUACUUCGAGAGAUCACUCGUUCAUGUUGGUUUCAGUUUUUGGUUAUAGGUUUGUAGAAAUAUCCGGUUUAUCUCAAUUCCGAAAUUUUAGUAGAAUAAUCAGGCUCGCGCUAUCUGUCGCAACGGAGACGUUAUGCAGCGUCGGCUUGUUAGAGCAAAAACUGUUAAAACUGUAGUUAAAACUUUUCGCGAACCGGUAACAGUAGGAAACGUAUUUUCGGUUCGCUUCAGCAGAAACUUAUGAUUUAUAGCGGUUUUCGGUUCGGGUUCAGUGCCGGUUGCGACCCCCAACACGCUUUUCCACGAUGAAAGAUGAAAGUCGCUGAAAAGGUUAGCCAGCUGUAGGGAUCGAACCCACAUCUUCUGGACUUUCAUCUUUCAUCGUUGAUUUCUUAGGCUAAUUGAGGCUCCGUUUGUAUCUGUCCCUUCUAUGUUGUUCCAGCCUCAAAACAUCAGUUUCUCGCUUUUCCAGCUACGACAGUUUUCUGCACUCAAACGAAUAACGGAGUAAAUGAUGAAAUGUACAUGCUGAUUGAGAAAAAAAAAAAAAAAACUCUCAGUUGCAAAUGGAAUGCCACAUUUCUUGUAACACGUUACGUAACGACCUGACAUGACAACAACACCCGAUACACUCCACGAUGUCGUCACGCCACGAACUGUUCCAACGGACACGGCGAAGCCCUCUGCGCGUCAUCGCAUCUGACGCCUCGCUAUUUGGUUUCACACUGCGAUUAAUCCUUGACGAACACCUGAGACGUCGUUUACAUGCAAGAGAUUUCCACGAAGACAAUUCAAGACGAGCGGGACUUUGUCUGCGAAAGCGAUACUGUUGCGCCUAACAAUGCAUGCAUCCAUAAGAUUCGCCUUGUUUUCCACCGAGUCUUGUGUCUGUCGAGAAGCAUGACGGACGUGACGAAAGUCAUCGGCGACAUGGGACCCUGGCAAGGGCUCGUCGCGGGUUUUGUGAUGAUCAGCAACUUCUUUCUAGCCUUCAACACCAUCAGUUCGGCGUUCAUCCUGCCAUCCGAACAACGGUUCUGGUGCGUGGAAGACGCGUUCUUUCAGAACCGUUCUCAAGACGAUGUCUGUCGUCGAUACGAAGACGCUGACUCGAAGCUAUGUCGCCGCGUGAGCUAUGACAGGACAGUGUACAGAAAGACGUUGACUGAAGAGUACGACUUAGUGUGUGGUCGGACGUGGGUACGCACCGUGGUACAGUCCUCUGUCAUGGCUGGAGUGAUGCUGGGUACGGUGGCGUUCGGGUACGUAUCGGACAGACGCGGUAGACGCUGCGCCGUCUACACCGGUGCCCUUCUGCAUGCUGCGGGAUGUAUCGUGGCCCUCCUUGCGAAUAACUACGUUCAGUACGUGUUGGCUCGACUACUGUUGUCCCUCGGUACCUCUUCGUCAUACAGCUUCGACGUCAUCUUCAUUGAAUCAGUCGCGCCUCGAUAUCGGUUUGUAAGUUCCGUCGCCAUAUCAUUUGGGUACACAGCGGGAGCGAUCGUGGUGGCGGUGCUGAAUUUGACGGUUCAAGAUUGGAGGGCCUACCACGGACUGAUGAUUCUCUACAGCGUGCUGCUCCUGGUGUUCUGGUACCUUCUGCACGAGUCGCCCCGGUGGCUGUUGUGCAAGAAGAGGUUCGACGACGCCGAGGAAGUUAUGACGAAGAUCUGCACCUUCAACGGCAUUCCCAAAGGAAAAGUGAAAGUUCUAUUCCCGCACCUGCUUCGUAGAUACGAGCCUGCGGUCACGCACCCGUCGUCUGGUCUACUCGACCUCUUCAGGUCUUCGAAAGGAACGGCUGUCUACACACUGUGCGUAUGGUUCCAGGCAGUCAUCUUGGCCUUCAUCUACUACACGUCCAGUCUUACGGGAACAGUUCUGGGCGGCAAACCGCACUUCGACUUUAUCUGUCUCUUCACCGUGGAGUUCCUCUGCAACUUGCUGUGUGCCCUCUUGAGCAAGCGCGUGCCGAGGAAAUUGUUCAUGUGCGGUAUGUGCGUACUGCUCGCUGCAGCCAUGGCUGUCCUGGCUGUGUUUCAGUACAAGGUGUAUGUGGUGAACUUAGUUGCGUCGUUGGUUGUCAAAGGAGCCGUGAGUUCGUUCAUCUUGAUCUUCUUCCUGCACGUUCACGAGACGUACCCGACGCGGUUCAGAGCGAUCGGAUACGGAGCGUUCCAACUGGUCUACUGGGCUUCGGCUUCCGUUGAACCUUUUGUGAGGACAGCUGCGACGUCGGUGAGCCCAUCGUUGUUGCCAGGGGUUUACGGUUGCGGAGUACUGGCUUCGGCGCUUUCUAUCGCGUGCGUGUUGAAGGAGACGAUCACGAAACAACUCUCGGACGAUGUUGAGGACAACGAAGUUGAAACCGGCAACGUCGGUAGUGGAGCCUUUGCUGUUAACGUACACGGGACAGUGGAACGAUAUUAAAAAUGGUCCCCACAAUGCGUACCACGUUACGAUACAACGGCUUUUCUUUUUCAGUCGCUUUCUUAGGGGUGCAACCUGUUCUUGCUGAAGUGGUGCACUAGCCGUGGCAAGUGAUGGUUUUAUGGGAAUUUCGAAGUUUUUCAUUAAGCUACAUGAGGGAAGCGGUCGUAAGCCACCUGGUGGGACCACCUCACUGAAGGGAAACUUUCCUGUUAACGUGGGGAACGUGACCAAACGUGGUUUGACCACGCAACCUUCUGAUCUGGAGUCAGGCGCGCUACCAUUGCGUUACGAAGUAUAAUACGUAUAUGCCCAAUAUACGUUCCGUGUUUUGACGGAGAUUAAAUCAUGUUUGCUGGUUCUGACACGCGGUCUUGUAUUUGUUCCGUCAAAUUUUCCCCCCAGUCUCAAAGAACGUUCCCUUCAUUGAAGUUCGUAGCUCUUCUCAUCAGAAGGACGACACUGGUUGCGGUCUGUAAUGACAGGAUAUGAAG